UGAUGAGGUUAACAAAUAGGUCAACACGAGAGGUGAGAGUCUUAAAUCCAUGCACAUUCCCUUCUACUUAUAUAUAGAUCUCUUCCCUCUGCUCCCAAUCUUCAAUGCUCUCACCUGUCCCCUAACCACAACAAUAAAUGAUCGUCUCUCUCUUUCCCCUUUCCUCCCCUUCUAUAUAUUCAUUAAUUGAUCCCUUCUCCUAUUAAUAAUUACGACUAGGUUAUUAUCAACCAAAUUUUUGAUCCAUAGGCGCACUAGCCAAAAUUAAACUACGUGCAUGUUCAAAAAUUAAUUUAAGUGUGGGACGUCAUUAUGGGUAAUUUAUUUUGUGGAGUGAUUUUGGUACUUUUAUGUAUAAGUAGUUGUCCUUCGAUGAGCUGUGGGGUGGAGGAGGAUUUUUUUCAAUCAGAAUGUUUACAAGUGCCAGCUUCGGAGUUUGUGGGAUCGGUUAAGUCCACGAUCGACACUGUCCGGCAAGUGACUUCCAUAGUGUCCAAAUUCGCUAGCUUCAUUGGCGAUUUUCGACUUUCUAAUGCCAUUUCUGAUUGCCUUGAUCUGCUGGAUCUCUCAGCAGAUGAACUUACUUGGACUCUUACUGCUUCUCAGAAUCCCAAAGGGAAAAAUAACAGCACAGGUAAUCUAAGUGAAGAUUUGAAGAAUUAUUUAAGUGGAGCACUAAUUAAUCAAGACACAUGCAUAGAAGGAUUUGAUGGAACAAACGGGCUUGUCAAGAAUUUGGUUGCGGGAAGUCUCAACCAAGUCACUUCAUUAGUCCGCGACAUUCUUUAUAUGGUCCGCCCCGUUCAUAAGAACGCCCCCGAGGCCAAUGGUGGACGUGGGAAGCCGUGGCAGUGGUCCCGAGAAAGGAAAUUAACGUCAAACGAAGUAGACAAAAACUCAUUCCCUUCAUGGCUUAAACAAAAAGAUCGAAAAUUGUUGCAAGCAUCAUCUCCAACUAAAGGGAUAGUUGCAGAUGCUGUGGUAGCUCUUGACGGAGCUGGUAAUUUUACGCAUAUUAAAGAUGCCAUAGAAGCAGCACCACAAUUAAGUACAAAAAGAUUUGUGAUAUAUAUCAAGAAGGGAAUUUAUAAGGAGUAUGUGGAGAUUAGCAAGAAGAAAUGGAACAUUAUGAUGAUUGGUGAUGGAAUUGAUGUUACUGUUAUUUCUGGGGAUAGAAGUUUUAUUGAUGGAUGGACCACUUACAGAUCUGCAACCUUUGCUGUGAAAGGUCAAGGAUUCAUUGCACGGGACAUAACAUUUGAGAACACGGCAGGACCUGAAAAACACCAAGCAGUUGCAUUUCGAUCUGACUCUGACUUGUCCGUCUUGUUCAGAUGCGCGGUGAGGGGCUACCAGGACACUCUCUACGCCCACUCCAUGCGACAAUUCUACAGAGACUGUACUAUUACUGGCACCGUUGAUUUUAUUUUCGGAGAUGGCACAGCCAUCUUCCAAAACUGUCAAAUAUUAGCGCGAAAGGGAUUGCCACAACAAAAGAACACAAUUACAGCUCAGGGUCGAAAGGAAAUUGCUGAGACAACAGGGUUCACCAUCCAAUUCUCCAACAUAUCUGGUGAACCAGAUCUAAUAGCUUCCCUCAACUCUACAUACACAUAUCUUGGAAGGCCAUGGAAGACGUAUUCGCGAACUGUGAUCAUGCAAUCUUACAUGAGUAACGUAAUUAGGCCUCAGGGGUGGUUAGAGUGGAAUGGUAAUAUGUCGCUUGACACAUUGUAUUACGCAGAGUAUCAGAAUUACGGGCCUGGUGCUGGUUUGAGUGGUAGAGUCAGUUGGCCUGGUUAUCAUCUACUCAAUGAUUCAUCACAGGCAAAUAAUUUUACAGUAGCUCAAUUCCUCUUGGGCAACUCAUGGCUGCCUCCUACGGGAGUCAAGUAUAUUGCUGGUCUAGCGGUUUAAUUUGAGCAAAGUUACCAAUAUCUUUAUCCAUAUAUGUCCUUUUUUUUUUUUGUUACCACAUCAGUUAUUUCUCUGCUGAUAUUCAUAUUUUGUACUUUUUUGGUUGCCAUUUGAGUGAAUUGGACUUGGUGAUUUAAGACAAUUUAUACUGAUGAUUUCUUUCUAUUUACUCAUCA